AUGCCAUUGAUUAUAUUUACAGGAUAUCCUUGUUCAGGGAAAACCAAAUGGGCAAAAUUGCUUCAAAAAGAACUAGAGAUCAGAAUCCAGAAAGCAAAAGAGAAUUCUGAAGCCGGUCAGAACUAUACCGUAACUUAUCAUUCAGAUGAGACUUUAGGCAUAAACCACGAGACUUAUCGAGAUUCGAAUAAAGAAAAAUUGGCAAGGGGAUCACAGAUCUCAGCUGUCAAGAGGGAUAUAUCGAGAACAAAUAUUGUGAUUUUAGAUGCAUUAUCGUAUAUAAAGGGAUUCAGAUACCAAUUAUUCUGUGAAGCAAAGGGAAAUGUUACUCCACAUUGCAUUGUUCAUGUUAUUGCCCCUAUCGAGAAAUGUAUUCAAUGGAACAACGCAAAGGAACUGGAAAAUAAAUGGGACCCGGUUUUGAUGCAACAAUUACAGAUGAGAUUCGAGGAACCAAAUAGCGAUACAAGAUGGGAUUCACCAUUGUUUACCAUCCUUUCUGAAGAUUCACAAGAGAAAAUACCAAUCGACGAGAUCUGGAACGCUUUAGUGUUGAAAAAAGCGGCACCUCCCAAUGCAGCUACUUUGAUUAAGCCAACUUCUGGGAAUUCGUUCUUGCAGGAAUUAGACAAGAAAACACAGGAAGUGGUAACUAAAAUUCUUCAACAACAGCAAAUCACCCCUGGUGAUGUCGUAAUAGAUAAGAAUUUGAUAGUGGCUAUUCCAACAGGAACUGCCAGCACAGCUCAACUACAGAGGAUAAGAAGAUCUUACAUUGGUCUCAACAGAAUGAGAUCGAUAGACGUUGAUAGAAUUGUCCCAUUGUUUGUUGACUAUCUCAAUAGAAGUCUAAAUAGCGAAGACUAA